GUGACACGUGAGUUAAGGUUGCCACUAUUCGCUGGAGUGUAAGUUUGAAACAACUAUGCAAAAUAAGAAACUUUUGUGGAUGAUGUUUGGACUUAGUUGCUUGGCGACGAUGAUUUUAGUCAGUAUCGGAAGAUACUUUGAUACUGUCGUAACUUUAAUACAUACCCCUGUUCGGAAAUUCGUGUCAACAUUAAACUCUGAUUUUUAUGGUGAACCAUUACCACUUCAAUAUCAACAAGUUUACAAAAUUCCGGAACAACAUUCCUUACUACAGAACAACCUCUCAAAACAGACGCUCUAUGAUUUGGAAGAGCAAGUCCAACCUAUUCCUGAACCGAAUGUCGACCCAAUCAAGGACUCAAAUGGCAAACCGGUCCAUCACAUAGCAUUCAUAAAGGCUCAUAAGGCUGCUAGUACCACGGUUCAGAAUAUAUUCCUACGCUAUGGAUAUGAAAAUGACCUCGUAUUUGCUUUGCCAAGAGCUGGUUCCACCAUUAGCACGGCAAAUACCGUGAGGCCUGGCAGUAUUCUUCCACCGCCCCCAAGCAGACCUUAUGAUAUAUUGUGUUCUCACGUUAGAUUUGACAGGGAAGCAUUUGGUCGAAUACUACCGAACGAUACUAAAUAUAUAGGAAUCGUGAGGGAGCCGUUCCAUCAGUUCCAAUCUAAUUUGCAGUAUUAUCGUCAACGAUUUGUGUUAAACAUACCAGGAGACAAACCCGUGCAGGAAUAUCUGUUGCACAAUGAUAAAUACAUGAAGUUUGGAGGAAACAACAUUCCUUCCACGUACAAUAAAAUGGCGUAUGAUUUUGGGUUUCCUCAAGACUUGUUUUGGUCAAAAGACCAUGACAAAAUUCAGCGCUUUUUAGCGAAACUGGAUAAUGAGAUCGACUUGGUGAUUGUCACAGAAUAUUUCGACGAAUCCAUUGUGCUGAUGCGACGACUCUUAAACUGGGAUCUGCAAUACGUUUUAUACGGUAAACUAAAUUCCAAAAAGAAAAAGGAUCCGCGAUUGGAAAUCGGCUCAGAAGAAGAAGGACUAUAUAGAAAAUGGGCACAUCUCGAUUACGCCCUUUACAAUUUUUUCCUGGACAAACUUAAAGAAAAACUAAAACACCAACCACCCGAUUUCUAUGAAGAACUAGCUUACUUCAGAAGCACUAGAACUAAGUAUGAUGACUUUUGUAAACUUUCCUUGGACGGUGGUCAGUCCGUUAUUUUAUUUGAAGGAAGUAAGUGGAAUACACCAUUUAUCGUAACAAAAGAACAAUGUAAACACCUGUAUAUCAGAGAAAUUCCAUUUUUUAAUCAAUUAAGAGCACGCAGAAUUCUUCAACUGGAUAGAAUGAACUAAGAUUUCAGUCAAGCCACUUGAACAAAAUCAGGCGAUAAUUGCAGUUAAUGUUAGAGACAAGAAAAAGCUAAACUCUGUGGUAUAGCGCUAUUGAACCUUUCUUAGUGUAAUAUCGCAUUAUGAAUUAAUGUUCUAUACCUCUUUUUUCUAUAGAAAUAUCAAUUUUCAUGCAUCUAUUUAUUUUUUAAUGCGACCGUAAUUCUGAAGAUCUGAGAUCGGUAAUAACGUAUGGAAUGUGAACAGUCUAUCAUAACGCCUGUCUGCGUAGGAAAGACCUUCCACAUGAUUAUGAUAGAGUAUGUUUUAGAUCUACAAUCUUACUCACAAAAAUAUAUAUAUACUUACCUUGAAAUGGUCUGUAGAUCAACGUUCAACCUUAAAGUGAACUAACGAUGACGCAACAGAAGGAUUAGUUUUGACCACAAUGAAACGAAUUCCUAAAUAUAUCAUAUUUUGUACAUGUACCACAUUUUACAAUGCAUUUCCCCCAACUCUUUUUCCAACUUCCCCCGUAAAUUAUCCUGAUUCAUGUGACUUUCCCUAAGCUAUAGUUGUUAAUGUUGGUUACAAAGAAAAGUAAAUGAUUUGUUUCUGUCUCUCCUUCAUUAAUAUUCAAUCACCUUUGUUUUAUGUACAACAUAUAUUAUGUGAAUAAAACGAAGU